UUAAUAUUCCUAAUUAAAUAUGUUAUUUGAUGUAGAGAAAAGAAGAAGAACUUUAUUCAAGUUAAAUAUUUUUUAUUUUGGGCGAAGGAAGCAUAGAGAUUGAGAGAAGGUAACCGAAAUGCGAAGGAAACAUCUGGAAUUUUCUUUGUGCAAUGGCAAUUCCACUCAUAAAUACGUUUCUUGGUGAGCGAGGCCUGGCCAAUCGCCAUAGCCCAUAUCUGUGCUAAUGAAAAUUGAGGUUUAAUUAAAUAAAAUCUGCGGUGUGGAAUCUGAAUUGCGAUUGCGAAGAUGGAAGUGAGAAUCGGAAGAAGGGUUUCUCGUGGAAUGCUCCCUCUCCUGGCUCUCCACACCUUCUCGGAGUACUACCGGUCCGAGCAGAAGCCUCCGGUGACGGCGGCCCUGAUCGCGGCGAACACCCUGGUGUACCUCCGGCCCUCCUUGAUGGAGUCCCUGAUCCCUGGCAUCGAGGAGGUGUGGUUCAACCCCCACCUGAUCCUGAAGAACAAAGACCUAAAACGGUUCCUCCUGUCGCCGUUUUACCACAUGGGUGAACCGCACCUGGUCUACAACAUGCUCUCCCUCCUCUGGAAAGGGUUCCAGCUGGAGACAUCGAUGGGAAGCGCCCACUUCGCCUCCAUGGUGGCUUCCCUGCUCCUCCUCUCCCAGGGCCUAACCCUAACUCUCUCCAAAUCACUUCUCCUCUUGUUCGACUACCACAGACCCUACUACAACGAAUACGCCGUCGGCUUCUCCGGCGUCCUCUUCGCCAUGAAGGUCGUUCUCAAUUCCCAAUCCCACGACUACACCUACGUCCACGGCCUCAUUCUCCCCUCGCGCUACGCCGCCUGGGCCGAGCUGCUUCUCGUCCAGUUGCUCGUCCCCGGCGUCUCCUUCAUCGGACACCUCGGCGGGAUUCUCGCUGGGCUUCUUUACCUCAAGCUGAGGUCCACCUAUUCGGGCUCGAGCCCAAUCACGUUUCUCAUUCGGGGAAUUGCGGAUGCUGUCAGGUGGCCUUUCAAGUUUCUGCCGCGGCGGGGGCGUAUCACCGGCAGGGGAACCGUUGGGAGUAGCAGGGCCUGGAGGUGCCAGGCCUGUACUUAUGAUAACCACAAUGCUUCUUUGAGUGUGUGUGAGAUGUGUGGGACUAGUAGAGGUCUCAAUGGGGUCUCUUCCUUUCGCUCCGAUGCCCUUCCCUUGGACGAGUUGCGUCGCCGGAGGCUCGACAGAUUUGUCCGAAUGCAGACCUGCUGGCUGUUCAGGGUGUGGUUCUUAUGGAUGGUGUUGGCAUUUGAGAGGGGAAUAGGGUUGGGAGUGCGUUUUUUGAAUUCAAGUUCAAUAAUCCUUGUACACUGUGUUUGGUUGCACCGGAACAUCAAAUAAAUAGUGGGAAGGGGCUAGAAAUAGCAAAAGAAAUAGAGAGGAGUGGCGAGAAACAGCCGCAGAAAAAUAAGUUGGGUCCUUUGAUUGACAAAAAUAUGCUAGGUG